AUGUACAACAUAGUGGACGCCAUUUAUCAGAUGGUGGGUCAGCAACCGUCCGAGGACGAGAACACGCCGCAAAAGCGGGUGGACAAAAUCUUCGAUCAAAUGGACAAGAACCACGACGACCGGCUAACGCUCGAAGAGUUUCGAGAAGGUUCCAAAGCCGAUCCGAGAAUUGUCCAAGCGUUGACUUUAGGCACAGAAUAA